UUGCAGUUCUGGUCCGGUUCAGAGUUAGCAAAAGAUUUUGUGGAUGCACUUCUGGAAACGAACCCGGAGCUGAGGCUGAGUGCAGCAAGUGCUUUGAAACACGAGUGGUUCGUAGGAACGCGAAAUCAUCUGAAUACGCGCUCAUCACGGUCUAUUCGAAGUGUGACCAGGUCAGAUCAUGGACAUCGCGUGGACCCGCUUGAGGUCGAUCGCCUCGCUGGUGACUUACAACGACUAGCAAAAUUUCAGCAGCAAUCAACGAAACACUACGGCUUCUUGUAA